AUGAGCACAGAUACAGGUUCAAGUGUGAAAUGGCGUUUCAAAGGUAUAAGCAAGCUUGGAACGCAUCAAGAAGUCAUAUGGAACCCGAGAAUGGCACUGUACCUUGUCGCAACUGGCAAAAAUGUCGGAAUCAAUAGGGCGAUCGAUGACCAACGAAUCGGCACCGUGGUUCUGAAAGACUACGAACAAGUGAUGGGGUUUCAAUGGGACCAGAAAGAAGGAAAACAAUUUGUUGUGUAUUACAAGCACGGUCUCGCUAAAGUCUACGAUUGUACCACUGGUGGUAGUUUACAAAAAGUGAUAAAGUUGGUAAGCUCGCAAGACCCUUCAGUGAGCCUCAGCACAGCUGUAUGGGCAAAAACCGAGUGGAAAACCUUCGAUAAUAGCUACGCAGCACUCGAUAUGGACUUGUCAGCCAUGAUGCCAGGAAUGGUGCGGAUCGUGAGGGACUCCAAACAAAUAACAAUGGCUCCACUAGAGCCCUGGGGGCCUGAUCUGCGCAAUCCGGAGGCUCAAAUUAUUCUAGGUCAUAGCCAGGAAUCUCACAGCUACGUUAUGACCAUUGAUGAUCUGAUAAGCGUCGAAUUCAAAAGCGGUGUCGAUAAGCUGUUCAAGAUCUUGCCGCCGAAGUACAAACACGGGCCUUUCGUCGGUGUAGGUGAGGGUGGCUCGCUUGAAUACGUGUAUCUACCGCUAACAGAGGCUCCUCUGAUGCGAGAACUGAUCAAAAGUUCGGGUCAGGUCCAAUUUUUAUGCACCUACCUGUUGGAAAACAUUGCACUCUGUAGGUCCGAUUUGAUCGAGCCUUACCGUCUGUUUCUCGCCAGAAUCACGAACGCAUACGACGGCGAUCUCUACGAGCAGCUUUGUGACAUCGUUCUUACCGGCUAUGUUGCAUCUGACUUGGAGGACUGGCUAUGUAACAGCAUCGGCGACAAAAACUAUAAACGUUGGAAACAGCUAUCAUCGCGAAUGUAUGGGGACCUUAACAACGUCUUGGUGCUGGCUAUAGUUCCGGCAUGCGAGCGUCUCAUUCUGGUCUGCGAAAAGCUGCAAGGCAUUCACAGAAGCUUAAAGUUACAGAAAAUGGCCGGCAUCUCGGAUUUUCAUGAGGACGAGUGGGAUAGUCCAGAAAUACAAACACUCCUAUGCGAGUGUCAGAAGCUGCUCACAACUGCACUGAAGAUCACGACCGACCUGAACCGUGAAGCAGCACUGCAUUCUGUUUUUGCAGAUUGGUUUUUCGACGUUAUGAUGGAAAGCGUGGACGAGGACUACAAGAAACCGGCAAGAAACGCUAGUCCAUUCGACAUAGAACAAUAUCUCGCAUCUUGCUGGAGGGAUGCAUCAGAAACCGCUAGGAUAGCACUCUUGGAGGCUAUGGCGACUGAGGCGCUGGUCACGUGCUCGGACGAUAUCAACAUGGUUUACACAAAACCGUGGGUCUUGGACUUGGUCAAAGUUAGCGAGCCACUUAAGACACUACACACGUUGGCCCCCACAACCACAGAUCUUGCAAGAGCCCCGCCGGAGACCCGCUUGCUCGAUGCCGUCAGCGAUGAUGCCGGCACAGUUUUUGUGGCCAGCACUACGAGCGCGAGACCCGGCCAGGUCGAAGUAAGCGUAACCAGUGGCCAUUCUACUACCAUUGGGACCUUCUAUGCUAGCAUGGAUGAUCUCACUCAGCCUUGCACGGUGACAGAUGCUUCGUUCGUCAAGUGCGACAAUGGCGUCGCAACAUUGGUCAUCCUACACGACGAUACCACCACCAUCGCCGCCAAUCCCAACCCACAACUAACCACCACAACUGUAUCGCGAUCACCACUACUUGCUGCCAAAUUGACUUCAACUGCCCCGCAACAAAUUACACCACAACCGAAUUUUCCAGCGCAUCGGCUCAGCACAAGUUUCCCGGGUUGUCCGCUUUCUGUCCAUAGCGACACACUAAUGGCAGUCUACGAAAUGUCAUGUGAGAACUAA